UCAUUUUCUUUCUUUUUCCUCUUCAAACCUCUCUCUGUGUCUGAGCUUUUGGCCUCUGCAAAAUGCAAAUGGAUUCGUCCGCAUCUCAAUCUUUCUUCCACAGCGUCAGAUCCAGAGAGCUCAGUAGCUUUCGAGUUAGAAAACGACCAUUUAUUGAUGAAUUAGCUUCGGAUUUUACUGAAAUCGGAGCUGUCGCCAUCGAACAUGACGCUGUACAGACGCCUCCUUUGGCCAUCUCCUUUUGCAAGGCAAGUAAAAACUCCCAUAUUUUUGCCGUAUCCGAUGAGGAUGGAUAUGUAAGCUUGUUUGAUUCUCGAAAGAAGCUUUCUUCUGCUGGAUUGCACCAGGAAAAUGCAGAGAAAGCAAGAAUCAGUGAUUGGGUUGCACAUCAAAAUGCCAUAUUUGAUGUAUGCUGGAUCAAGAAAGAUACCCGUAUUUUAACAGCUUCAGGGGAUCAAACUAUAAAGAUAUGGGAUGCACAGGAAAAGAAAUGCACUGGAGUCUUGAUGGGGCACACGGGAAGUGUAAAAUGCUUGAGUUCUCAUCCGACUAAUUGUGAUCUUGUUAUCUCUGGUUCAAGAGACGGGUCCUUUGCCAUCUGGGAUCUAAGAUGCAAGAUUAACUCCAAAAGUAGAUGUGAUGAAGUCUGCCCUCCAUCAACUUCCAUGCUCAAAGGAGCUCAUCCUUCAACUCAAGCAAGGCGGGGUAGGCGUGGCAAGGCUGCUGCUGCGAGCAUUACGUCAGUUCUUUAUCUCAAAGAUGGGAAUUCCGUUGCUACGGCUGGAGCAGCGGACAGUGUUGUGAAGUUCUGGGACACCAGAAAUCUGAAAUCUAAUGUUACUCAAGCAUGUCCCCACCCAGAGUCUUCAACUCAAAAGGGUAUAUCUAGCUUGUCCCAGGAUUUGAAAGGAGUGUUUCUCACAGCAUCAUGCAUGGACAACAGAAUAUAUUUGUAUAAUAUACUUCAGCUUGAUAAGGGCCCAAUGCAAGCUUUAUGUGGACCUCGAAUAGAGUCUUUUUAUGUAAAGUCAGCAAUCAGUCCUGAUGCAGAUCACAUAGUCAGUGGUUCCAGUGACGGAAAUGCUUAUAUAUGGAAGGUAAACAAGCCUCAAGUAGAGCCCAUCACCUUGAAAAGUCAUGAUGGAGAAGUUACGGCCGUUGAUUGGUGCCCAUCUGAGAUUGGGAAGGUAGCAACUUCUGCAGAUGAUUUCACUGUACGGAUAUGGAACAUUCAGACCAGCCAUUGUUCAAGGUCAAGAUCACCAUCAUGCAUCCGAAGAAGAGUAAUGGCAAUUCCUAGUGCAGAAUGUAGAAAACUUUUAAUGAAUGAGAAUGAAGACCCAAUGCCUCUAACAAAGGACCCUGGCAGUUCACAUUCUCCAGACGAAGCAUUGCACCAAAUUAGCUCAUCUAGUCCUUCCACUGCACCUUUACUUAGUACUCCCAAAGCCCAGAAGAAAAACAUCUCAUCUGUUUCAGAUUCAAAUGAAACCUUUGAGAAGACACCCGAAGGUGCAAUGAAAAGUCCAUCUUCUGUGUUAAAUCCUCCAUCCUCUUUGAAAAGGAAAACCAUCCGAGAUUACUUUCUAGCAGCUCCAUGAAAACUUGCUGGCACAUUACUCGGGGUCAGUAGUAGAUACGCUGUCAAUUUGUCUGAAAGUCAGGUGGACAAGUUCCUUCAGGUUUUGCUUGGAGUUUUGCAAUUGAAAAUGUAAAGCGGUGGGUCACCAACAGUUUUUUCACACCCCUCCCCUCUAACCCAUGGAUUUAAAUAUUGCUGAUAUAUUUACAGAAAAUCUUUUCUUCUUCUUGGACUUGUCUGUCUCUGUUGUUUAACGUUUUACAUGAACAAGUCGAGUGAUGGAUACAUCAGAGAAAAAUAUUGGCGAAUCAUUCUCUGAAAAGACUUGAUCAAACCCCUCGGGCAUGUACAUGAGAGCAGCAGACAAAAUUGCACAGUUCAGAGGAUGACAGUUGAAUCACUUAGCUUAAAUUUAAACUUAAUUUUAAGUUGG